CAGCAGCAAACAUGGCGACCCGAGUCCUUCACAGAGUCAGCAGCGGCCUCAGAGACACGAGACAUGGGCUUCACGCGACCGGACAGGCCAUGGUGGUUGCAAGGAGCCUUUCUGCUACCAGAGAAGACAGCUGGUUCAAGUCUCUCUUUGUUAGAAAGGUCGACCCCAGAAAAGACGCUCACUCUCAUCUGCUCGCUAAAAAGGAAGACAGCAAUCUGUACAAAAUACAGUUUCACAGUGUGAAGCCUGAGUGCCUUGAUGCCUACAAUGAACUUAAUGCGGGCAUCUUGCACUCCAUCCACGAGGACCCUGAAUACCCGUGUGAGCUGGUGGGCACCUGGAACACGUGGUACGGAGAGCAGGAUCAGGCAGUUCACCUGUGGAGAUAUCGGGGAGGAUACCCUGCUCUCACCGAAGUCAUGAACAAACUCAGGCUGAAUAAGACGUUUAUGGACUACAGACACGAGAGAGGGAAGAUGCUGCUGUCUCGUAGGAACCAGCUGCUGCUGGAGUUCAGUUUCUGGAAUGAACCCGUCCCUCGUCCAGGACCCAACAUCUACGAGCUCCGAUCAUACCAACUCAGGCCAGGAACGAUGAUCGAGUGGGGAAACUACUGGGCGCGCGCUAUUAGAAUCCGCCAGCAGAACCACGAGGCGGUGGGAGGCUUUUUCUCACAGAUUGGGAGUCUGUACACGGUUCAUCACCUAUGGGCUUACAAAGAUCUUCAGUCCAGAGAUGAAACCAGAAAUGCAGCCUGGCAGCGUGAUGGCUGGGAUAAGGUCGUUUAUUACACAGUCCCUCUUAUUCAGCACAUGGAUUCUAGGAUAAUGAUUCCCAUGAAGGACUCGCCCUUGAAGUAACCACCAACACUGGAGGAAAGCUCUCAACAGCCGUCACAACAGCCAUCACACUGAUCUGCAGAGAGUGUAACCAACUGUCGGGAGUGUGCACUGCCAGGGAUUUCAGCAACACGUUGUUUCAGUUUGUGUUUGCUUUCUUCUUUAUUUCUUCACUUCACUGUCCUUUUUCUGUGUGAGCCUAGAAUGUCUUAUUUCAGAUGAUGAGGUCAAAAUGAUGAUCUGUUACAGCAGUUACUGUUUUACUUGAUCCAUAAAUGAGCUGCGUAGGCAAAAAAUCUAA